AUGCUUUCUUCCACUUUUUUUCCUACGGAAAGUGCAAGCGUGUGCCCGCCAAGAUGUCGAACACGAAGAAACAUAUUGUGCACAGUAGUCCGCCAAAACAUUUUGCUCGCGGUGCGCGAGACGCUGAAGUUUGUCUAAGGUGCCGGUGGAAUCGUUCGAAGUUGCGAACUACACUUAUUGGUGUUCUCCUGAGAUUUGUGAUGGACUCUGAGCUAGAUUACUAUGGAAACCUCGAGGAGGAGGACCGUGAAACUAUCGAAAAUGACAUGGCCUAUCAGCUAUACGGCGAGCCGGACGAGAUGUAUAUGUCACUUGCUGACUUAUGGAAGUAUUGCAUGAAGGGCACUCUUCGGGACUGGUUCGAUAUCACAGCCUAUGUUGUUUUGUCUUCGUGUUUCCUUCGGUGGAUCGCCAGCUACCCACGCGUACCUCGAUGGCUGAUCCAUACCGUAUCGUUUCUGUUAGGUCUCUAUUGUAUGGUUGCUGUAAUGGAUUGGCAUAGCUUUUAUGCGUUCACCUUCGGCGUAAUAUCUAUCACAACUCUCUACGUUGCGCAUUGGCUUUUCGGAAAAUGGCGCACAACGAUUGUAACGCUCGCAUGCUUAGCCAUGAUCAUCAUCGUUGGAGAAUAUAAACUUGCUCCACCGCAAUGGAACCGAAUUCGAGGUACGGUAAUGGUGAUGACAAUGAAAAUAAUUUCGCUUGCACUUGAUCUGGACUCUGGCCUCGUCACACGGCUGCCAUCGCUGCCGCAGCUCUUCGGGUUCGUAUUUCAUUGCGCGACAAUCAUCUUCGGCCCAUGGAUAUCGUUCUACGACUAUCACCGGUCACUUGAAGGUUGCGAGAGUCUUGAACAAGGCGGUUUUGAUCUGCUUGAUCCAUUGUGGUUUUUGUCGGUUAUUCGGGCGUUACUUCUUUCGACGAUGUGUUUGGUUGUAUCGGCCUGUGGAAUUCAUUGGUUUUUUGGUCGAGCAGAGGAGUACGGCGCCUGGUCUUUGGCGUUUCGCGACGCCUUGGGGUUUCGGAUGUCCCAUUACUUUGUCUGCUUCCACGGAGAAAGCACCGCUGUUGCGGCAGGCAUACGAAGACAGGGGAGGCACCAACAAGACGAACUGGACCAAUGGAAUUUGGAAGUUGUGCGGCCUGCUUGUAUCGAGUUGCCUCGUUCCCUUGUCGAGGUGGUUGUUCGGUGGAAUCAGCCCAUGCACAUUUGGCUCAAAAACUACGUGUUUAGAAGAAUUUUACCCUCAGGCGGGCGUUUUCUCGCUACCCUAGGAACUUUUGCUGCAUCCGCACUUUUGCAUGGUCUUAGCUUCCGUCUAUCUGCUGUCCUUUUCUCACUCGGUUUUUACACUUAUGCGGAGCAUACUCUUCGGCUUAAGCUAGCGACAAUCUUCAAUGCGUGCAUUGGUGCUCGUCCGUGCCACAUAUUAUGUGAUCAUAGAAAUACACCACAAACAUGUUGGUGGGUGAAUCUCAUCAAUGGCCUGUGGACACUAUUGGCUCUUCUAAACCUAGCCUAUCUCGGCAUGAUGUUUGACGAGGACCAGCCUAUUGAUAUGGCGGAGGAAUUCAACCAUAUGUCGACCGGAAAUACAAUGGAAUCCACGUUGAAAAAGUGGUCGCAGCUCAAGUACUCUUGCCACUGGAUCUCUCUGGUAAUGUUUGCUUUUAAUUGUCUGCUUUAAAUGAUAUAGUCUUUGGUUUUUUUCUUUGUGUAUAGGCGCAUAUCUCGCUUGGAAAAAUACAGCCACGAAUAUUUACACACUAAUCUCAUAUA